AUGCCUAUUCUCUCUGGAGGCAGUGACCAUGACUACAGCUACAAUUCCUGCACUUCCUUGAACCACCUGUUUCCCAUCUCAGUGGUUGAGACUCCCCCCGCCAAAGGGGUUCACUACCAACGGGCCCAGAGGAUUUACCACCCAGAUCAGCUCCGGACAGUCGAUCUGAAGAGGGAGAUCAUGGUCAACGUUGGCGGCAUCAAGUACCUGUUGCCCUGGAGCACCUUGGACGAGUUCCCCGCAUCCCGGCUGAGCAAGCUGAAGUUCUGCAGCAGCUACGAAGAGAUAAUCCAGCUGUGUGAUGACUAUGAUGAAGACACGCAAGAGUUUUUCUUUGACCGGAACCCCAAUGCUUUUGGGGUGAUUGUCAGCUUCCUCACAGCAGGGAAACUGAUGCUCCUCCAUGACACCUGUGCCUUGUCCUUCCAGGAGGAGCUGAAGUACUGGGGGAUCGAGGAGUCCAACUUGGAGAACUGCUGCUUCCGGAAGCUCUUCCAGAAGGCUGAGGAGCUGGCCGAGGUGCGCAGAGAGGAGGAAAUGCAGAUGACCAAAGUGACGGCCUGCGUCCUGGAAGAGGAGACCAAAUCCGGCCAGUUUAUGAGCAAGCUGAGGGACAUGGUGGAAAACCCCCGGUCGGGCCUCCCGGGGAAAAUCUUUGCUUGCCUCUCCAUCCUCUUUGUGGCCACCACAGCAAUAAGCCUUUGUGUCAGCACCAUGCCGGACUUAAGGGAAGAAGAAGACAGGGGUGAAUGUUCCCAAAAGUGCUAUUACAUCUUCAUCAUUGAGACCAUCUGCGUGGCUUGGUUCUCCCUGGAGUUCUGCCUCCGAUUCAUCCAGGCCAAGAGCAAAUGUCAGUUUUUCAAAGGUCCUUUGAACAUCAUUGACUUCUUGGCCAUCUCCCCAUAUUAUGCAUCCCUCAUUGUGCUAGAUGACGAGCCCACUGAGAAGGACAGCAGGCCGAGCGGGAGCUCGUACCUCGAGAAGGUGGGCUUGGUGCUACGGGUCUUACGUGCCUUGAGGAUACUGUAUGUCAUGCGCCUUGCUAGGCACUCUUUGGGAUUGCAGACUUUGGGCCUCACCGUCCGAAGGAGCGCAAGAGAGUUUGGCCUGCUCUUGCUCUUCCUGUGUGUGGCUGUCACCCUCUUUGCCCCCCUGGUCUACCUUGCAGAGAACGAAUCUGGGAAGAUCCUGGAGUUUACCAGCAUCCCUGCCUCUUACUGGUGGGCUAUUAUCUCCAUGACAACAGUGGGCUACGGGGACAUGGUACCCAGGAGCGUCCCGGGCCAGAUGGUUGCCCUAAGCAGCAUCCUGAGUGGGAUACUCAUUAUGGCUUUCCCAGCCACUUCCAUAUUCCACACAUUCUCCCACUCCUACUCCGAGCUGAGGAGGGAGCAUGAGCGGCUACAGUCCCGAAUCAUGAGGCUAAAGAACGCCAACACUUCUGGUGAGAGUGACACACUGAACGAGAGCGAAAGCUUCACUACGGAUGCAACUGGCUCACCCAUCAAGUACAUCUACAAAGGAUAA